UUCGCUUUUGACUUUGCGCAGCGUUAUUUUCUCCAUUAAUGCAAAGAUGUUACUAUUAUAAUUCCAUCAAUCAGUUUCUCUGACCGAAUGCAAAUGCUAACUGCAUCGCAAAGCUCUGCUUUUUUGACGGGUGUAUUUUUAGUCGGAAACCGCUGCUGGACUGAAGGUACCGCCCACGCGCGGUUCGGCUGCUGUGGAUCAGACAGACACCCGAGUUGAUUCAACAAGGAGGAACUCACUACUGCAGUCAGAAACCAUGGCAGAGGAAGUAAGACACAUCUUUGGGAAUAGCACGUUUUGCAGUGGGCUACUACCUUUCCUCGUACUUCUGUUGAGCGUCUGCACCGGUGUGUGGGCCAACAAGGUGGUGGUUCCUGAGAAGGUGACUGCAGUGCUGGGGAAAAACGCUACUUUGACCUGUAGGGUGGAGGUCAGCACAGACCUCAGCCUGACCCAGAGUUCCUGGGAACGCAAGAUGCCUUCCGGCACCGUCACUUUGGCCGUCUUCAACCCUGUGUACGGCACCUCCAUAUCUGAGGAGUACAGCAAACGGGUGCGCUUCCUCAAGCCUUCGAUGCGUGAUGUAUCCAUUGUCCUGGAGGGCGUGAGUUUUGCCGACAUUGGGACCUACACUUGUAAAGUGGUCACCUUCCAACUUGGAAACAUGCAGGCAUCUACAACUGUGGACAUUAUGGUGGAGCCAAAGGUCUAUGUGUCUCCUGGCUCCUUGUCUCUGCUGGCUGGAGAUGGUGAAACACUGGUGGCGACAUGUACUGCUGAGAGGGGUCGCCCAGCGGCAGAGGUGUUCUGGGAAUCAGACCUGCCGGGUCAGACAACAGUCUUCUCCCAGACGGAGCCUGAAGGCACUACCACCACUUCAGUACACUACCUCUUGGCCCCCACCCGAGAUGCAUUUGGCCGGUCCCUCAGCUGCGUUGUUCGUCACCCAGCACUAUCCAAAGAUUUUCGCAUUCUCUACAGGCUCAAUGUGUCUUUUGCUCCAGAUGUUAUGGUGAUGAGCCAGGAGGAUGUAUGGUACGUGGGACAAAAAAAUGUACAGCUGGAUUGUAGAGCCAGUGAACCACCUGCUCUUUUGUACCUCUGGACCAGGCUGGACGCACCAAUGCCUGCAGGUGUGGACACAUCUAAUGGCAGCCUGCUGUUUACUCGUCCUUUAAAGCUGAGCGACUCUGGACAAUACAGGUGUGAAGUUCAGAACGAUGUUGGGCAGAGCUUUAAGGAUGUGCGCUUCUUGGUACUAGAGCCGCCACCGACCACUGCAGCCCCCACCACCACCACCACCACCACCAAGUCCAUCCUGCCUGACACCGGCUUAACCAUCACAGCUCCUAUCAAUCAGCGUGCCCACUUCACCUCCCCGACUCAGGCCUCUCCACCGGACAGCAGUCUGGGCACUAUUGUGGGCGGUGCUGUCGGUGGGAUCCUGAUCCUGGUGUUGCUGAUGGCACUGGUGGGAGCUUUCUACAUGCGUCGACGCCAAACAUUCAGAGGAGACUACUACACCAAGCAGUACAUUGGCCCAUCAGACAUGCAAAAAGAGUCUCAACUGGAUGUACUUCAACCCCAUGAGCUUCAUGAUGUGUACGGAGACGACUCAGGCAAUGGCAGCCAGGACUUGAAGCCCAAACCGGAAGGAGACAUUAUCUAUCCCGAUUAUCCCAGUGACCACAAAGACAUGGAUGCCAGGAGUGACUAUCUAACCCUUAAGAGAGAGGGCACGUAUUACUCCGACCACCACAACCAUCAUAACGUGAACCCCAGUGGGCCGCCUCUACACAACGGCUCCCCUUACCUGCAGGACGAGUGCUACGACAACGGUACAGACAGCGACUAUGUGUCUCACGUGGAUGGAUCUGUGAUUUCACGCAGGGAAUGGUAUGUUUGAAAAGGCAGGGGAACUUUUACUGGACAACAAUAAUUUAAAGGUCAGCGGAGAAAGUGUUAUUUAACUCAGCAGAGUGAGAUAAAGUGUACAUUUAAAAUGUAUUUUAUGUAUUUUCCAAGCUCUGUUUACGUUUUCAUCCUCACGUUUUACACUUAGCAAACGGCUGUACUUCACUGCAGAUAUGUUCUUGGUGGUUGUCGUUCAGUGGACUGCUGUGACUUCAGGAUGUAAAGGGAGAGGUUUACAUGGUUUAUGAUCACAGGGUGGAUUUACACAAAGAAAACAAGUCUGCUAAAAUUAAGCUACACUGUGUGCGUAACCAUUCCAGUUACCACAUUGCACAUAACUGUUAGCUUUAAAACCAGGUGCAGCAUAUUCUUGGCUCUUUCCUUUCACUUUUUUUAUUUUAUUUUAUUUUUUUAUUAAAUAUAUAUGUAUAUGACUUCUCCAGUGUAGGAGCAAAACAUCACUUUAGUUUCACAUGAAGAGUCACAUAACCUGAGUUUGAAAGUCUUGAGACCUAUGUUUUGACUGCAGGGAUUUUUUGUUUCAUUUUUAAUCAGUAUUUUGGUCUAGUUUUUUAGGAAUAAAAUGUCUUCAGAAUAAGAUACUUUCUUUUGAGAAGCAAAAAGAUUGCAUAAAGAAUAUUCAAAAAUUGAUUUUCCGUGGAAGAACAUUUUUUGUUGUUGUUGUUAUCUUUUUGAGCAUAAAUCUAAGUUUUUGUAGGUUUUUGUUUAAAACAAGAAUGAAAAGCCAGUGGGGUAAGAAAAAUAAACAUCAUUCAAGAUGUAUUGUGCAAAUUUGACUUUUCAGCUAAGUUAAUGCAAUAUAUUAAAUAUAUUAAUAUGAUAUUGUAAUAAAUGUAAAUAUCUUUAUUCUGUUUAUGCUCUUUUUGCUUCUCAAGAAAAUGAAUCUUAUUGUAAAGGACAUUUUUUUUUUUCUUUUUUUUCUUUUGGUGUUCCAAGGAAGAAAGUUAAAACAAGGAGGAAAAAAUGUCAAUGAAUAAAUUCAAUAAGUAUUAAUCUAAUUUUGCUUCUCAGCUAAAUGUAUUUAAUAUAUUAAUACUAUAUUAUAAUAAAUAUAUUUAAAAUACGGAAGAGGAUUAGGGCCAAGCAAUAAUACAAAAAAUAAAACCAUCUUGAGAUUAAAGUUGUUAAAUU